AUGAAGCCCGUUUGGACGAAAUUUGGCGAGAGGCUCGGCAGCCACGAUGCACCUGACAGUUUUCCCUAUCGUCAAGCAACUCUAAGUCCAUAUUGGAAUCCUGAGGUCACACCUAUAGCUCAACAGAAUGGACCCAGCGCGACUGGCCCUCACCAUUCGACUACAUCCGUUGGUCCAGGAAUCACCGGGUCGCUUCCCGCGGCACACUCACCCAGCAAAGCGUACGCUGCCCCGAAACAAGAACCUGGAAAGGACGCCACUGCUAUCAAUACGUUGGAGCUUGCCAAACGAGUCAAGAAAAGUGCACGUCUCCCAUUUCAAUCCCCUAGACACGACGCUGCCCAGUCCCGCGCGACGCCUCCGCCGUCAUCAACCUCAACACCAAACUCUCAAAGUCGAGGACGGCCGAAGGGAUGGAAACCUGGAAUGUCAUACGCCGCCAUGCGCGGAAACACUCCCCCAACCUGGAGAACAUCAGCUCGCACGCCUCGCCAGCCUCGCACCAAGGCACCGCUGCCAGGCUUUGGGCGCAGGCCGGGACGCCCGAGCAGAAUGCCUUCACCAUCCCCAAAGGAGCUUUAUCAUAAAGCCAAUCCGCACUUUGUCAGCUUCAUAUGCGAGUGGGCUGGGUGCAAGGCCGAGUUGCACAAUUUUGACACCCUGCGAAGGCACCUCCACAUUGUUCAUCAACAAAAUGGCAAGUGGCCCUGCCACUGGGCGCAUUGCGGGCUGGACGCCUGCGCAGAUGGUGAGCAAUGGCGGUCUCAUUUGGAGGAUGCUCACCUACUUCCGUUUCGAUGGCAUGUAGGCGACGGCCCAAGCAACACCAGCGGAAUGCGCGCUGUGCUGCCUGACAACUCGCCAGAUCAACUUCCAGAUUUCCUGAUGGGCUCGGAUGGGCGACAAGUGACGCCAUCUAUCAGGGACCAACAAAUAGAGGACUUUGCAACGUGGAAGGCAAAUCGCCGGAAGCUGAAGGAGUUGCUGAUCCAACGAGACCAGAAUCUACCAGAUGAGUCUUCCGAAUCGUCAGAGGAGACGGGCUGA